CCUCUCUAUCUUUCUUCUCUCUCGUCUUUUUAUUUUAUUUUUUUUUAAUUUUCCCAAUCCAACCUUACCCUUCCCCGUGGGUUGGUGUUCGUGCUCCGUCUGUUAAACACAGACACCACCACUGUUUCUCUCUCUCUCUCUCUCUCUCUCUCUCUCUCUCUCUCUCAUUUCUAGGUUUCACCGCCGAUCUAUUUCCGUCACCGUCACAGUCACCGCAUAAAAUUCCAACUCUACCCCUCACAUUUCUCUCUCUAUAUACACAUAUACAUACAUACAUAUAGAUAUAGAUUCUAUAUAUAUAUACACACAUACAUACAUAUAUGCAUGUGAAUCGAAUUUCUGUGAACUCAAUCCAUGGUGCAUAACAAGAAGCGAAACGCUGCUCCUCGAUUAAAGCAAUCGUCGUCGUCUUCAUCUUCGUCGGCGGAGGCUGUGGCGGCGGUGACGGCGGCGGUGGGGGGUUUGACAUCCACCGCCGCCGAUUCCGACGCUGUGGUGGAUGUGGCCGAGCACGAACCGGGGCCGAAUACGGCGAUGAUCGAGUCUUCUGCUGCGGCGGCGUUGGUCGAAUCGGACCGUUCGUCAUACUCAGCGAUAAAGCUAGAGUGCGAGAAAGCCCUAACGGCGCUCCGGCGAGGGAACCACAACAAGGCGCUGAGGCUGAUGAAGGAGUCGUGCGCUCGGCACGAUGGCUCGGGCCACUCGGCGCUGAUUCAUCGGGUUCAAGGCACGGUUUGUGUGAAGGUGGCUUCGAUAAUCGACGACCAGAACGCGAAGCAGCGGCAUUUGAAGAAUGCGGUGGAAUCGGCGCGGAGGGCGGUGGAGCUGUCGCCGAAUUCGAUCGAGUUCUCGCAUUUCUACGCGAAUUUGCUCUACGAGGCGGCGAGCGACGUGAGGGAGUACGAAGAGGUGAAGCAGGAGUGCGAGAGGGCGCUGGGGAUCAAGAAUCCGAUCGAUCCCGCGAAGGAGAGCCUGCAAGAGGAGAGCCAGCAGAAGUUACCGACCGCCGGUGAGAGAAUUAAGCACGUCCGGGAGGAGCUCCAGCAGUUGAUUCAGAAGUCGAACAUUUCGACUCUGUCGAAUUGGAUGAAGAAUUUGGGGAAUGGGGACGACAACAAGUUUCGGUUGAUUCCGAUAAGGAGGGCUACGGAGGACCCAAUGGAGGUAAGAUUGGUUCAAUCUCGAAGGCCGAAUGAGAUCAAGAAGGCGACUAAGACGCCCGAGGAGAGGAGGAAAGAGAUUGAAGUGAGGGUGGCUGCUGCAAGGCUGCUGCAGCAGAAGUCGGAGUCGCCUCAAUUGGAGAAUGAGGGUGGAAGGGAUGAUAGGGGAUUGGAUUCUACGUUGGGGUCGGGGUCGGGUUUGGGGCAGAGGAGGAAGAAUGGGAAUGUGAGGAAAAAUGGGUCGAGGGCUGAGAGGAGGGAUUGGGUUCGGUCGUAUUGGAAUUCGAUGAGUUUGGAUAGGAAGAAAGAGCUGCUUAGGAUUAGAGUUUCUGAUAUCAAGUCACAUUUCGGGUUGUCCAAGGAUGGUUUGGCGAAUGAGGUGUUGGCGGAGGCAUUGUCGUUUGCUGAGGCUAGUAAGGCGUGGAAGUUCUGGGCUUGUUGCCAGUGUAGCGAGACGUUUACUGAUUCGGAGUCUCAUAGGCAGCAUGUUGUGCAGGAGCACGUGGGAAAGAAUGUCGAUAAUGAAUGGAAUGAGAAGCUUCUUAAUUGUCCUUGGAAGCCGUUGGAUAUCUCGGCUGCAGUUGGGCUGCUUGGAAAUGAAAGAAAAAACAAGGAUUCUGAGUUUGCUGAGGAUUUCUAUUCAGGGAAUCAUAUGGAGGACAGUGAUGACUACUUUAAGGAUGCUUGGGAUUCUUCUCCUGAGACAGGAAGUUUUGGGGAUAGUUGCAAUAAUGUUGCUUUAAAGAGCAAUAACUAUGAUAAAAUUACCAACAUUGAGUUUAGAGAAUGUGAUGAGGACCCUGGCUCUGUGACAAAUUCCCUUGAUAGUUGGCCGAUAUCUGAUGACACUGAGCGUGGAAAGCUUCUCGAAAGAAUUCAUGCUGCAUUUGAGGUUCUUAUUCGACACAAAUGUCUUACUGCAACUCAUCGUACUAAUGUGAUACAAUUUACAAUGGAUGAGCUACAUGGUCUUGCUUCUGGCUCGCUGCUUUCGAAACUUCGUUUGGAACAAUCACCUAUGUGUAUCUGCUUUCUUGGAGCUUCCCAGCUCAAGAAAAUCCUUAAAUUCUUGCAGGAACUAUCAACUGCUUGUGAUUUAGGUAGAUAUUCCGAGAAAAGUAGUAGUCCAAUGGAUGAUGCGAACAGUGGCCCCCAAGUUCAUGAGAUUAAGGAGAAGAUUGUUCUUAAUGAAGAUGCAUCAUGUCUCCUUCUGGAUGAAAGUUUACUGCCAAUUGAAUGUGCUCCUGGCACUGGUCAUGGUGCUGCAAUAGAUAAUGUGGCUGCUGCUGGCACUGCAAAUGGGGCUCUAGCUGAUGCCGAUGCUAUGCUAUCCUGGAUAUUUGCAGGUCCUACGAGUGGGGAACAGUUGGCUUCGUGGAUGCGUACAAAAGAAGAUAAAAUACGAGGAGGAAUGGAAAUCCUGCAGAUGCUUGAGAAGGAGUUCUGCCAACUACAGAGUCUUUAUGAGAGAAAAUGGGAGCAUAUAAGGUAUGAGAAAGCGUUGCAGGCAGUGGAGAAGCUGUGUCUUGUAGAAGGUAAGAAGAGGGAGAAUGUCACAGAAUUUGUACAUAGAAGCUACGAGUCUGUCCUGAGGAAGCAGAAAGAGCUGCUUGAGAGUGAGAGUGAGAGUGAGAAUGAUGUGAUGUUCAACGACAGUAGGUUUAAAUUAGAUGCCAUAUCAAAUGUUUUAAAAGAAGCAGAAGCUCUAAAUGUUAAUCAAUUCGGGUAUGAAGAAACUUAUGGCGGUGUGAAUUCCCAGUUAUGUGACUUGGAAUCUGGUGAACAUGAUGAUUGGAGUGCAAAGGACUAUUUGCAUCAAGUGGACACUUGUAUAGAAUUUGCAAUUCAGAGACAGAAAGAACAGUUAUCCAUAGAGCUCAUCAAAAUUGAUGAACGAAUUGAGCGAAAUGUUACCGGGAAGCAGCAGUUGGAACUCAAGCUUGAGCCUGUUUCUGCCCAUGAUUAUCGGUCAAUAUUGUUGCCUCUAGUGAAGUCAUACCUGAGGGCACACUUAGAGGAUUUGGCUGAGAAAGAUGCCACAGAGAAAUCUGAUGCUGCAAGAGAAGCAUUUUUAGCGGAGCUUGCACUUGAUUCUAAAAAGAGUGUAAGAGGAGGAAGCGAUAAUUCCAGGCAUACACAUGAGAAGACAAAGGAUAAGAGAAAGAACAAGGAGUACAGGAAAUCCAAAGAUUCCAAGGCUACCGGUGGUCUUGAGCAGCACAUGCUUCAUCUUGAGACCGAAGAGCCAGUUUCCUUUCCAGUUGCAUCUGAUGGUGAUCAUCAAGAUUCUGAGAGUGUUGUUUCUGCCAAUGGUCAUGACUUAAUGCAACAGGAAGAAGAAUUUAGACUUAAAUUUGAGCUUGAGGAGGAGGAAAGAAAGCUUGAAGAAACCUUGGAGUAUCAAAGACGGAUAGAGAAUGAGGCUAAACAGAAGCAACUUGCUGAGCAACAAAAGAAAUCCACUCGAGCAUAUACAGAGAAGGUCGCAGAAGGAUUGCAUGAUGUUUACUUGAAGGCUGGUGCUGAUGAUCAAGAUGUACACGAGAAGCUGAAACCUUGUACACUGGAUCACUCGGUGGAGAAAGAUGGACUCCCGAACAAUCUAGAAAACAUGCUUCCAAAUGGUUCCCCUGUAUCUAUGAGAUCUUCUGAUGUUUCUGGUGCCAAAAAGAUGAGUGGUACAAAUGAUGCUAAGGCUAAACAAGCUAAUGGAGGAAUUUCAGAGGAUGGUUUUUUGUCAUCUGAUCGACGGACAGGAAGGAAAGGUAAACGGCAGAAGAGUUCCUCUAAAUUGGUUAAUGGAAAGUGUCAAACCAUGUCAUCUGAAAAGGAAAGUAAUGAUGUUGGGAGUUCGCAUAUUGAAGGUCACUUAAAAGAGCAAGAUAUAUUUCAAGACACUCCCGGUACAGACAGUGGUGGCCCUUUAUUGUUAGAAAAUGGAACAAAGACAUUGAGACAAUUGCAUGUAGAGGAUGAAGAGGAGGAAAGGUUCCAAGCUGACCUUAAAAAAGCAGUACGCCAAAGCCUUGAUACAUAUCAUGCUCAAGCACAUAAGAAAUUGCCCUUAGUUUCAAGUUUAAGAACACAACGGAGGAUUUCUCCCGAAGCAGGUAAGUUGGGUGCUUCACCAAAUGAAGGCACGGUGGAGAAUGUGAACGGAGCAGAUGUUUUAGGUACAGGGCUGCAGAAUGAAGUGGGCGAGUACAAUUGCUUUCUGAACGUUAUCAUACAGUCCUUAUGGCAUUUAAGACGAUUUCGAGAUGAGUUUCUAAGGAAAGCAGAAUCAGGGCAUGUUCAUGUGGGUGAUCCUUGUGUUGUCUGUGCAUUGUAUGAAAUCUUUACUGCCCUGAGCAUUGCAUCUACAGAUAUGCGAAGAGAAGCGGUGGCCCCUUCUUCACUUAGAAUAGCUCUGAGCAAACUGUAUCCAGAAAGCAAUUUCUUCCAGGAGGCUCAGAUGAAUGAUGCUUCUGAAGUACUGGCAGUGAUAUUUGACUGCCUUCACCGAUCAUUUACUACUGGUGGUUCGACUGUUUCUGAUACUGAAUCAGUGGAAAGCAAUUGCAAGGGGUCCUGGGAUUGUGCAAACAAUUCCUGUAUAGUGCAUUCACUUUUUGGAAUGGACAUUUUUGAGCGAAUGAAUUGCUACAGUUGUGGUCUAGAGUCCAGACAUUUAAAGUAUACUUCCUUCUUUCAUAAUAUUAAUGCCAAUGCCCUCCGAACCAUGAAGGUUAUGUGUCCAGAAAGUUCCUUUGAUGAGCUUUUAAAUCUCAUAGAGAUGAAUCAUCAGUUAGCUUGUGAUCCAGAUGCUACUGGGUGUGGGAAACUCAACUACAUCCAUCACAUUCUCUCAACUCCACCACUUGUUUUCACAACAGUUCUAGGUUGGCAGAAUACAUGUGAGAGUGUUGAUGACAUAAAAGCAACACUGGCAGCCCUAAGUACAGAGAUAGAUAUCAGUGUACUUUAUCGUGGCUUAGAUCCAAAGAGCUCACAUAGCUUGGUUUCAGUGGUUUGCUACUAUGGGCAACAUUAUCAUUGCUUCGCCUAUAGUCAUGACCAAUGGAUUAUGUAUGAUGAUAAAACUGUCAAGGUAAUUGGUGGUUGGACCGAUGUUCUUACCAUGUGCGAAAGAGGGCACUUGCAACCGCAGGUUCUUUUCUAUGAGGCUGUAAUCUAGUUUUCUUGUUGGAACUUGUCGCAUUAGUUGCCACAAUAGAGAGCGUUGAGUUGGAAGUGGCUUGGCAUUCAACUGCUGUAUAUGGUGAGGCGUUGUUUAUAUUUUGAUCCAUUGCUGCUCACACCACUGCGGUUCAGACAGUGAAACCUGUGCCGUUUUGUUAUAGAAAAUGUUCAGAAGUUUUGAUAUAAAAUUGAGUAGUGACAGGAAGCAAAGAGUUAUGUCAAAUCAUCAAGGGUUUUGGAGCAACUGGUCCUUCCAGGGAAAGAUAAUUGUAUUAAAGAGGUUUUUAUUUCAACUUAAGGACUUAUAGGUAGCCCGGCAUGUAGAUUUUGGUUCUGUUGCUUCAGAAUACUGCUUCAGCAUAGUAGGGACAUCUAAAUCCCUGGAGUUUUCCUUUUCUUGGAUCUUUUUAAUAAGAUGUUUUUGUUGGGGGAAAUAGCAGUAUCAUCAUAAAAAGAUUACAUGGCGAUUUAUGCAGUGGAGGAGCAUAUCACACUACAACCGAAUCGAGUGCGCCAUUUGUUGCCAGAAGCAUAUAUAGCCAGUUGUCAGGGUAAAUUUAGUUAAUUAGAUUCAAAAUCUCUUCUAAAUAUUUUCCCUUUUUCUUAUGAAAUACUUUCCCCCCCAGUUAAAAGAGUUUUUGUAUAGAUCACAUUUUGGCCGUGUGAGCCUUCAUAAUGCAGCUUACACAAUCACAAUUCUUCAGCCUCUGAUUACUCAUGUCAUUUAUUGCUUAAAAUUUUUGCUUCUCUCUUCUUAUUA